AUGGCUUUCUACGCAAGAUCAGCAAUAUCUCGUGCUCUCAUUUUCACCAUCACUUCACCUUUCUUCCACACCAAACUUGUCCGAUAUAGCAGAUUCUCUACAUCACUGUUCUUCUCUCUCACAUCCACACCCAUUUCCACAAUUCAAUCCCAUUCUCCCAACUUCAAUCCCAUUCAACGUCAUUUCACCUCCUCCAACAAAAACAUAGACACCAAACUCAAUUUCUCUCCUUCCGACUCCGACGAGGAAACCACCGCAUUAACUAAGCCCACCACCACGAGUAGAAAACUACCACCACCUUAUGACCCAUUCAGCAAGAAGCCGGCAAUAGAAGAACCCAAAGACCCUAAAGACUUGCAAGAAAUCUUCCACAAAAUGAGAAGCGGUGAUGGGUUGUUGAACCAUGCAGUCAAGAUGUUCGACGCUUUGUCUAAACAGGGUUUAACACACGAAGCGUUAGAGCUUUUCGGUCAGAUCAAAGAUAAAGGCCAAAUGCCAGAUGUGGUGGCUCACACAGCGAUAAUUGAAGCUUAUGCCAAUGCUGGACAACCAAAGGAGGCUCAUAAAGCUUACAUGAGAAUGCUUGCUUCUGGGGUUUUUCCUAAUGCUUAUACCUAUACUGUUCUCAUUAGGGGACUUGCGGUGAAUGAUAGGUUUUUGAAGGAUGCCAGAAAGUAUGUAGUGGAAAUGUUUGAGAAAGGGAUGAGACCGAAUGCUGAGACGUAUACUGCUGUGUUUGAGGGGUUGGUUAGGGAGGGGAAGAUGGAUGAGGCUGUGAAGUUGCUGGAGGAAAUGAAGGGGGAGGGGUUUGUUCCUGAUGAGAAGGCUGUAAAGGAGGUUCUCGGCAACAAAAAGGGACCUCUUUUUAGAACUGUUAUAAACAUUCUCUUUGGUAAAUAG